AUGUGGAAAAUCGGUAUAGGGUCGUGUACGCACCGCACAUAUCCAAACUUCACCAACUUUGGUCUCACAAUAUUUCCCAAACCGUCCGUUACCGCCACGUCAAACGACCACAAAAUGCCGGUUCAAUCGCUCGAAUCCUAUCUUUUCGAACGGAAACUCGUCAACACAAGCACUAUUGAAAUUCUCCAGAAUGCCACCAUUGGAAUUGACGUCGAGCACUACCUCAGCCGAAUUUACACGUUCAAAAAGGAGCAGUUUUUGGCCGGAACUGGAGGUAUUCCGAGCUCUUUACGGGACUACAUAGCGUCCGACUUGCAAGUUUUCACAGAGUUCAAUAUCAGACCAAUUUUUAUAAUCUCAGGACUCAAUAUUCAACUUCAAGCAAACCAGUACCGGCCCAACGAACUCACUCCCCAGGAAAGACACCUUGAAUCUUCGUGGAUCAAGCUCACAAACAAGCAGAUGAACCCCUACGGCUACAGCUCGCUGAGCAACGAAUCGUUCCGGCUAUUUACAGACCCAUUGCCGGUUCGCCCAAUGAUUAAUGAUCUCAUAAAAUAUUUCAUCGACAUUGGAAUCGACUAUAUGGUGGCUCCGUACGACCCCUCGUUCCAAUUAUCGUACCUCUACCACAGCGGGAUGAUCGACUCCAUCUAUGGAUCCACAGAUCUUCUCAUGACCAACGUAGACCGGUUUAUUCUCGGCAUGGAAUUCCAGUCCAAAGAUUUCAGAUACGUCGACAAAACCAAGGUUCUCAGCGAACUCAACCUCACAGAAAGGCAAUUGCUUGACCUAUCAAUCAUGGUGGGAUGCAAUGUGCAGCCUACUACUUUCCCGACAUUACCACCACUUCCAAAACCAACUCCUUUACAGCCCUACCCUCAACUUAGCUACGUCAAACUUGGAUUGGACAUAGUGUACCAGUUCGGCUCUUACACCGGUGACAGCGAGGCGAACCUUUUGGAGUACGUCGCAGGCCUCGGCGAUCCAAAGAUCAUGGAGUUGUACAUGAAGGGACAUGCCGCUUUGAGAUUUAUGCCUGUCAUGAACAAAGACGGCCAAGUUUCUUUGUAUGCACUGGAAAUGGCAAAGUUGGGCGCUGACAUAGUUCCUAUAGAUGCCGAGGAAACUGACGAAUCUGACGAUGGUUCAGCAAAUAAGAAUCUGAAGGGUAAAAAAUCCACCAAAAAACCAAAGGAGAAGGAGACCACCGUGAAAAUACCUAACGAUAUCCACGAUAUAAUCUCGCAAAGGCUUCCACCCGAGCUUUACUACUACCAGUCUAUCGGACUUAUGCCUCUUGGCAUUCUCGAGUCGAUAACACAAGGUGUUUUGAACAUUCGUCCCGGACUUGAAAGUGGCUUGAGUGACUCCUACAAAAGACUUAUUACGUCCCCUUCAUUCACCCAGUCCUUGGAUGCCCAGUUCAAUUUGAUUACCCAGCUUCUUGCCAGAUACUACCAGGUCAAAAAGAUUCAACUAAAAUACUGGUUUAAGGAAGACAGCAUUGAGUUGAACAACAGAAUGAAUCCGACCGUGAACAGGCAAAUAAACCACUUGCUUGUCCAGGACGACGGGCUGGAGUCGUUCUCAUUGAACAGGUUUUUACUGUCGCUUCUGGAUCGCUACGAAACUCAAAGGAAAACGGAGGAAAUCAAGUCUGUGUCGAGUAUCGUGUCGACAGCUUUGUUGCGGAACUUUUACUUGGCUGGUAUCGUCAAUAAGCAAAACGAAUUGACGGCCACAGGAAAAAUCUUGCGAGAAUUUGCGACCCGCGAGAAGGAUAUUAGUGACGAAGAUUUACAAAACUUUGUGGUUUUGCUACUUUUGAUUCGCACCAAGGUGGUGAAUCUCAACCAGCUGAACAGAGAUUUCACUAGCGUCCCCAAGUAUUACAAGGAGUUUGAAAACACCAGCAUCAGUGCCGAGGACCAGAAACACAUCACCUUGGUGUCGCGAAUCAUGUCUGUUAAAAAGUUUCAUAUUUCUCCCAUCAACUAUCAGGGCCCAAUUUCCCGAAGCCUUCUCAAUUUUAGAAGUCACAUCAAAUUUAUUGCCAGUGACUUUAUCAACAGCCUUCAAUGUGUGAUGGUCGACAUGAUUGCGCGCCAGGAAAACAACAGCUGUAGGAUCAAUUUCAGUGACCGUUCACAGUGGUGUCGACUUGUGGACCUGAUUCCAUUUUUCCGCGAUUGCAACAAUACAUUGUUGGGAAUUGUUGGAGAAAUCUACCUUGAGUAUGCUGCGAAACAAAAAAUCGCCCACCCAGAAGUAUCCAAAAGCGACAUAAUCGAAGCCACCCACUCGCACUUGCGCAACGAUGUGUUCCAGAUAAACAAUAGUUCGUUUAACAUUAACGUUCACGGAAUUAACAGUAUUACCAGUGAACAGCUUCUGGCCGAUGUUGCCAGUGGGUUCCAAUUUUGGCGCCGUUUCGUCACCUUGGCAAUUAUUGCGAACGAGAAUGACAAAGACUUGAUCAGUGACGAAUUCUUGGCCGAAAUCAAAGCCACGGGCACAUGGGUAGACGGCUUUACAUAG